UCCUCUUCUGUUCAGAUGUGGACCCCCCGUGUCCUCUGCAACACCGGCUGGGGCCAGACCCCAGUACGCCAGAACACCGCCUGGGACGUCACCUCUCCCGUCCCCAGACCCGAUGACAGGAAACCCGGUAACGGAGGCCCCGGCUGGGGAUCGAAAAGCCACGCCGCUCGUUCUCAUACCUCCAGCUCUGGAGGAUGGCGAGGGGGGGAGGGCGGCCCGGGCCCAGAGUCAGGAGGGUCUGGCUGGGUAGAGCAGAAGACCUUGUCUGGGUGUGGGAACAGCCAGAAGGAGGACCUCUCCAACACCUGGAUCAACCCUCCGAAACCCCAAAAGCAGGGUUGGGGGAUGGGUGGUGGAGACCGCUCUAGAGGAGGAGGGAGCAGCUACUGGGGUCAGCCCCAGAAGACUAGCGUGCCUGGGGGAUGGGACCGCGACUUUGCAGGGACUGCAGGAUGGGGCGAGCCCGGCCUCCCGGCCAACACCAACACGCACCCCGACGGAAGCACCAGCACCUGGGGUGGCAGCGGAGGGACCCCUGACCACCCCAGCAACCCUCAGUCUGGCUGGGGAGAGCCCCCUGUAUCCAACUCCGCCGGACACAAACCCCAGAACCACCAGACCCACCAGAACCACCAGACCCACCAGAACCACCAGAACCACCAGACCCAGGGAGGGUGGGACGAGCCAGCCAUGAAGCCCGGCCACCCCUCUCAGAGCUGGGGAGACCCGGCCGAGUGGGGUAAAGAUCCAGACGCCAACCCAGACCAUAGAGGACCUCCACCAGGCGGUGCCCAUCCCUCCAAACCCAGCGGAUGGACUGGGGUGGCGGUCCCAGCUGGACCCUCCCACAAGGAGGAGGAGUCGUCGACAGGGUGGGAGGAGCCUAGUCCAGAGUCGGUGAGGAGGAGGAUGGACAUCGAUAACGGCACCUCGGCGUGGGGAGACCCCAGCAACUACAACUGUAGCGGGGUCAAUAAGUGGAACAAGACCAGCCAAUCAGAGCAGGAUGCCAUGGUCACGACCAAACCCCCCCAGCCCCAGCAGCAGCCCCCACCACCCCUGAACAACAUGGCCAACAAGGACAAGACCUGCAGCUCUGGUUGGGGUGAACAGUACACAGGUCCCCAGAAGAUGGAGUCAGGAACGUGGGGUGAUCCGCCAGGCCCCCCCGUCUCUGUGGACAACGGGACAUCGGCCUGGGGGAAACCCAUGGACACCAGCUCCACCUGGGAGGAGCUGAGAGACAGAGGGGACAGAGACAGAGGGGACAACUCUGCGACAGGAGGCUGGGAAGGACCUGGAGCACAGAACCACCACAAACCUGGUCCCAAGCCCAUGCAGCAGGAGAGUAGUACCUGGUGUGGGGAGGAGGUGUCGUGCCAGGCCAGUUGGGAACCGGAGGAGGAGCUGGAGAUCGGGAUGUGGAGCAACACCCCAAGUCACCGAGACCGGGACCGAGACCGGGACAGAGAGAACCACAGAGACCGGGACAGAGACGGUCACAGAGAGAACCACAGAGACGGCCACGGUCAGGACAACAGGAACAGCGGGCCACAGCAACACAGCUGGAACUACAUGAAGAAAAUCCCUCCCAAGAUCAACAAAUCGGUGAACAAGCAGGAGGAUGCCUGGAUGAACCAGUUCGUCAAACAGUUCAACAACAUGAGUUACCCUAGAGACUCUCCUGAAGACUUGUCGAAGAGCAAUAAGAUGGAAGGAGGAGGGAUGAUGUCUGACAAGCGUAUGGAUGUGAACAUGGGAGAGUACAGUGGAGCGAUGGGGAAAAACUCAGCUUCCAGGCACCAGACCCACAAAGAGCCUUCCAUGGAGAGAAGCCCUUACUACGACAAGUUACAGAAUGUAAACUCCAUGUAUGGCAGCAGUGCAGUACCAUCUCAUAACGCUCCCCUCAACUCAGCCCAGAACAAUCUCCGUAACCAAGUGCCUCCACCCGUCCUGUCCUCUCAGGUCCCUCCCUCUCUCCUGAAGUACCCUCCCAGUGCAGGAGGUCUGAACCUGUUUGGUCCACAGCAAGUAGCUGUCCUCAACCAGCUGUCUCAACUCAACCAGCUGUCUCAACUCAACCAGCUUAACCAGUUACAGCGUCUCCUCCUCCAGCAGUCUCAGCAGCAGAGUCAGAGACAGAUGCCUGUUGGACAGCAGCAGAGUCACAGACCCAUGCCUGUGGGACGCCAGCAGGACCAGCAGGGCCGUCCUAUUGGUUCGUCCCAGUCGAUGAUGCAGCCUCCGCAACACCUCGACCACUCCCUCUUGAAGCAGAACCCCGCCCACCAGCCCCUCAAGUCCUACAUGGACAACUACAUGCCCCAGAAUGCAUCUGAGCUGCAGAAGGAGCCCAACCACAUGGGCUCCUUUACCAACUUCCCUUUAGGCUUGAACUCUAACCUGAAUGUAGGUCUUGACAGGGGGUCUGGCUGUGAGGCCUCAGUCACCAAGCCUGUGUGUCCAAGCCUUGUACGUCUCUGUGUGUCCACGUCUCUGUGUGUCAAGCCUGGUACGUCUCUGUGUGUCCACGUCUCUGUGUGUCCCACGUCUCUGUGUGUCCCGUCUCAGUUUGUGUCCAAGCCUGAGGUGUCUCCCUGUGUCGUGGCUGUCUCUAGGAUUCUCCUGUCGGUCCCUAUGACUUCCUGUCUGCUGUGUGUAUGCUCUCCCGGCAGUGUGUGUCGAUGUGUCUCUAACAGUGUGCCCCUGUGUCUCAAAACCCCCCAGACCCCCAGACCAGAGACCCCAGGACACUGUCCUCUACGGCCCAGAGACCAUGGAAAGGUUACCCCAACGCCUGACCUCUACGUAGAUUGUGCCCUUUCAGUGACCCCUGGUAGUGUCAUAGACAGCCUCCUCCAUCAGGACACUGUCCUCUACGUAGACCAGAGACCUGACAGGAACACUGUCCUCCUACGUAGACCAGAGACCUGA